GGAAAGUGUUGGGAGACCGCUUGGGCCUAAGAGACGGUUAUCCGUCUCGUGACCCUCGUCGGCAUUGGGUCUAUUUGACCAAUACGUAUUUUCGCCAUUUACCCCCUUUAUUUUUUUUUCUUGUUUUUUUGCUUUCUUUUCUUUUAAAAGGGGGCAGUUGGGAUGUGUCUUGUUCUCGUUAAAUCCUCCUUUCUAAUUCAUUUUCCAUCCGUGUCUCCAUAAUAUUACCACUCGGUCACAACUAUCUAGUUGUUCAUCUCAAAAGUCUUUCACCUGUGGGCUGGAACACCUUCUCUAGACUGAAUCUUUACAGUCCCCCCUGUGGUACUAUAUACGCUUCUCCUCUCUCAGGCUUCCCCUUUCUCCUUGCCUACGAAGGACGUACACAUAUCCGUACACGAGCCAUACAUUCUAUGCCCUACCAGUCCGCCCCCCACCCAUAUACAUACACCAUGCCUGCUACAGCACCAGCAUCACCACCCGCCACCGAAGGGACAGCGGCAUACGGCCAGCCCAAGGCGAUGCAUCACAGAUUACCUGAAGGUGUCUACGUCCCCACACUCUCAUUCUUCACCGAAGCAGACGAGAUCGACACCACCACACUCGAGAGACACCUCAUCCGCCUCAUCCACGCCGGCGUGACAGGCAUCGUCGUCCACGGCUCCAACGGCGAGGUAGCCCACCUGACGCGGGAAGAGCGCAGCGCCAUCACCCGCUGCGCCGCCGACACGAUCCACCAAGAAGGCGGCCACGACGUCAAGAUGCCGCUGAUCGCAGGGUGCGGCGCGCAGUCGACGCGGGAAACGCUGCAACUCUGCCGCGACGCGGCCAAGAGCGGGGCCUCGCACGCCCUGAUGCUCCCGCCCAGCUACUACGGCGGCCUGCUGGACGACGACAAGAUCGUGCAGUACUUUUACGACGUGGCGGACGAGAGCCCGCUGCCGCUGCUGGUGUACAACUUCCCCGGCGCGGCGGCGGGGCGGGACCUCAGCUCGGACGCCGUCGUGCGCAUCGCGCAGCACCCCAACGUCGUCGGGGUCAAGCUGACGUGCGGCAACACGGGCAAGCUGGCGCGCGUGGUCGAGGACGUGCCCGAGGGCUUCUUCGUCGCGGGCGGCAGUGCGGAUUUCAUCCUCCAGGGCCAGGUCGUCGGCGCGCACGGCACCAUCUCUGGCCUGGCGAACAUUGCGCCGCGCGCCUGCGUGCGCAUCAUGGAGCUGUUCCGCUUGGGCCGGCUCCAGGAGGCGCGGAGGCUGCAGGCCAUCGUGGCCAAGGGCGACUGGGUCGCUAUCAAGACGGGGUUCGUGGGCGUCAAGGCUGCCAUGGGCCAUUUUGAGCAGUAUGGCGGCGAGCCGCGCAAGCCUUGCGUGCGGCCGUCUGACGAGGAGCUGAAGCGCAUCGCCGAUGGGUUGACAGACCUAUAUAGGUUGGAGACGAGCUUGGUGGCUGUGCAAUGAUAACAAAAUGGGAUGGGACGGCGUUUUUUUCUUUACUUUUCUUCUUUUUAUUCUUCUUUUUAUUCUUCUUUCUUGUUUGUUAUACUCUUGGGCAAGCUGUACAUCUGGUGUUGCAAAAGAAAUUGAUUACGGCAUUCUGUGGACGCUCUUCUCUUCUCGUGGAUCUGAUAACGGCCCUGUCCUGGGUGGGACGGACGCGAUGGGAUACAGGGACAGGCGGGAAGGUGUACCUUAGACAGCUAAUUGAAUAUACCUCUAAUUACUCAUUAUGUGGUCU